CACAUUUCACGCUGACAUCGAGCGAAUACACGCCACGGUCCAUAUACACACGCCACGGUCCAUAUACACACACACACCACACGGCUCAAAAUAUUAUCGACCGAUCGCAGUUCGGGAAUACAGUAGAGAACAUAGCGUGUAUUUAAAGAAAUAAAUAUAUUUUCUGGUGAGGAAACGGGGGAAUACAGAGAACGACAGAAAAGAAAACGAGGAAACCACCAAAAGGAAAUGCCAAUCGCAGCCACGGGUCAACUGACGACUCAGGAACCCCGUAUUUUCUCCCGACUGCCCUCCACCCCGGAGCCUGUACCAAAAGGGGGUAAUUUAUGUGACGUUGCGGGGGCAGUAGCCGAGUCGCAGGAGCGAACAGAAUACGGGGGCGCCGAGGGGGGCAGGGGAGGACUAGUAGCCAGCUACAGUCAGACCAGCGGCGCUAGGGGAUUUCUGCCGCUUCGUUCUUCCAACUCCAACGGUUCUCCUCCGCAAUCCCCUCCCACGUCCUCCCCCCUCGCCUCAUCUUUCUUCCAUCACCACUCCUAUCAAAUGGCCAUGGAGCCGCCCAGGACUCGAUCGCGUUCUCGGUCUGGAUUCUACCAGCAGUAUGGUUUGACCGGCCCCGGGAUUAAUGCCAACGGGGGAACUGGACCUAACCACCAUCACCACCACAGCCAGCAGCAACAUCAUCAACAGCAGCACAACUCGGGUUGCCUUGGAGCUCACAGCCACCACACGGAGCAGCACAGCAUACGAGCCCCGGGAUCUAACGUCUCCCCCGGCGCUCAGAGGCAGUCGGGACCGCUUGGAACACAUCGCAUCUCACCCGCAGGACUGCUCUGUGUGUUCGUCUAUAGCACCCACACCUACAGCAUCUGUUUCUCAGGACUGCUCUGUGUGUUCGUCUAUAGCACCCACACCUACAGCAUCUGUUUCUCAGGACUGCUCUGUGUGUUCGUCUAUAGCACCCACACCUACAGCAUCUGUUUCUCAGGACUGCUCUGUGUGUUCGUCUAUAGCACCCACACCUACAGCAUCUGUUUCUCAGGACUGCUCUGUGUGUUCGUCUAUAGCACCCACACCUACAGCAUCUGUUUCUCAGGACUGCUCUGUGUGUUCGUCUAUAGCACCCACACCUACAGCAUCUGUUUCUCAGGACUGCUCUGUGUGUUCGUCUAUAACACCCACACCUACAGCAUCUGUUUCUCAGGACUGCUCUGUGUGUUCGUCUAUAACACCCACACCUACAGCAUCUGUUUCUCAGGACUGCUCUGUGUGUUCGUUUAUAGCACCCACACCUACAGCAUCUGUUUCUCAGGACUGCUCUGUGUGUUCGUCUAUAACACCUACAGCAUCUGUUUCUCAGGACUGCUCUCUAUGCUGGGGGCGUGUUCGGUGCAGCAUUUACCUGUACCCUACUCCUUUCCCUCCCUCCUCUCCAGUGAUCCCCCUUUCCUCCUCCCCCCUCCCCACCUCUCUCACCACCCCCCCCACCUCCCUCCACCUGGACACUUCCUUCCCUUCCCGACACAACAGUCCAGAUCGCCGUUGCAGAGGAUAGAGAACGAGGUGGAGCUGCUUGGAGAGCACCUGUCUGUGGGAGGGGGGUUCAACUACCCUCAUGGAGCACACCACCCCUCCUCCCUUCCCCCCUCCACACCCCUCCAGUUCCUGUCUCAUCACGACUCCCUGUCACAGGAGCUGUUCGGAGUGCCGUACCCCCACUUCAUGCCUCGGCGAAUCACAGGGCGUCGUUACCGCUCCCAGCAGACCGUGCCCCCGGCCCCCUACCACCCAGGCUUCCUGCCUUACUUCCUGUCGAUGCUUCCAGUGGUUCCUACAGUCGGUCCUACCAUCAGUCUAGAGUUAGAUGUGGAUGAUGGAGAGGUAGAGAACUAUGAAGCCCUGUUGAACCUAGCAGAGCGUCUGGGCGAGGCCAAACCCAGAGGACUGACCAAGGCUGACAUAGAACAGCUUCCCUCCUACCGCUUCAACCCCAACAACCACCAGUCAGAACAGACACUGUGCGUUGUGUGUAUGUGUGACUUUGAGUCCCGUCAGCUGCUAAGAGUCCUGCCCUGUAACCACGAGUUCCACACCAAGUGUGUUGACAAGUGGCUGAAGGCUAACAGAACGUGUCCUAUCUGUCGGGCGGACGCCUCCGAGGUCCAGCGGGAUUCUGAAUGACCUAUGACCCCCACAGAUCUAGGGUCUGCUCAGCGUCUCCACAUCCUAACCUGACGCAUUAGGGAAGGAAACGCAACGCAACAGACCUUAGAUCAGUGUCUGGGAGCGAUGUCCGUCCCCCCUCUCCUCCGCCAAGUGAACUCUUUAAGUAAUAGACUCUGCCUUCUUCCUAUGAUGAUGUUAUUCUAGUAAUGGCCUUUUGACUGACACACACACACACACACACACACACGUAUGUACGAGGGGCAGUUGGACUUUUCCCCCUUUGUACUGUCUUACCUUCCUGCGUGAUGAUUGGAUUUGUCUUCUGAACGCUGUGGAGACACUCAGUUGGACUGUGUUGUUGUCCUGACUAACCCAGUGGAGAAUAUGGAAGCCCAAAGAUUCUGACUAUUAUGACAUCAUCGUUGUUAUUGCUAUUGUUAAUAUUCUGUUCGUGAUGAAUCAUUCAGAACCUGGAUUGAGAUGUGUUUUCACUAGUGGGGUUAUUUUGGUUUAUAAAGGUGCUUUCUCUUCAUUUACCUUUUUAAAGUGUGUGUGCUGUUGUACUCCUACAAAACACAUCUACAAUGUGUGUCCAACUGAAAUCUAGAGAGAAUGGAGGACAGUACAAUCUUUACAUUGUUGUUAGUAUUGGUUUAAGAUCUGGGUAGAGGAAGGUGUGCAGAAAUACAGCGUUGUCAGUAAUCGGGAAAGUGUGUGUAUUAUUUAUGCAGUGCAGUACACUGGCCUCCUGCUCACACUGCCGUUUCCGCUCUGAUUGGUCGAUGCUGUGCACUGAGACAGGAAGUGUUUCAUGAGGAAGGGGAGGGGCUUCCAGGGAGGAGAAGGGCAACAGAACCAGGGUAGUUGAGGAGGAUGGGGCGGGCCUUCUCUCUCAUCACUCCUCUUUCUGUAUCACUCCCUUUUUCCUCUCCCAGUCCAUCCCCCUCUCUCUCUCCCAGUCCAUCCCCCUUUCUCUCUCUUUC